AUGACACACGUCAUUCCUAUCCCCUCUCAAUGCUCAUCCAAUGAGCCGACUUCCCCCAAGCAUGUGGUGUGUCGUCCGAUUGGUUAUAACUCAUCUUAUCCAUUAAGAUGCUGGGUGCUUCUGUCUGAUUGGUCAGCUCUUGAUCCAAUCCGUUUCUGCAUCUCUCCACUUGCUUCUCAUCCACUCCUGAAGCUUAUACUCUCUCUCAGUAGUUGGUGUUGCAUCCUGAUUCGUCCAAGUCAUUUCGUCUCCAUUGAGCACUCUCAAUGUCUCCGUCUGAUUGGUUUGGACGAUUCUUGUCUCUCAUGA